GUUGCGCAGCACGCCAUAUCUCAGUUGCAGAAGUUUGCAGGGAAAUGGCUUGUCAGUUCAUUGACUUGGCUUCUUGACGCAGGAGAACAAGGAGAUGGGGAGGGAGAAGCAGAGGACCCUGAAGUGCUGGUCGACAUGGUUUCCGACACCCUAACGAUGUUGGCCGGCCGUGCCGCGUUGAAGGCUCUGGACAAGAACUACAAGUUUCCAGGGCUGGGAGGUGAACUCAUUAUUAGAGAACCCACGGCUGAUGUUGCCGACAUUGGCUUUCAAACUUGGGGUGCCGGUGUAGUCCUCGCGAGGUACGUAACGUCACAUUCCGAGAAGAAGACGAACUUCGCGCAGACAACGAUUCUAGAGCUAGGAAGCGGGACGGGGCUGGCAGGCUUACUAUGCGCUCGAAUAGGGCGGGACUCUACACCAUCGUCGCAUUCCUUCCACAUGACGCUAACCGACUACAACCCUGCGGUUCUGGAUACUUUGGUGUACAAUGCGCGAGCAAACAAUCUGGACGAUGUCGUAGAUGUUAGCAUGUUGGACUGGCGGGAUGGAGCGAUGCAUUCUUGGCCAGAUACGGAGGAUCUGGAUGACUCGAUACAGACGGGAGACUCGAAGCGCGCCACGUUUGAUUAUGUUAUCGCAUCAGACGUGGCGUACGACAAUGCAGUAACGCUGAUACCUGCGGUCGUCGAUCGGUAUCUGAGCUACGAACCUCAUGGGAGAUUCUGGUGCGUGGUGCCUAGGAGACAAAGAUUCAAUGCCGAGUUGGCGGCGUUU